AUGGCUGACACCAUGCUACUCUCUUCAGCCGUCCGUUUGCCCACUCCUCCACCAGGCGGAGAUUACUCGCCUGGACCAUCCAACGCGAGAAAACGAUCACCACCAUCGAGAUCGCCUUCACCCAGAAGAAGGAGGCCUGCACCAGCAGAGGAUGAGAAGCGUCGAGACACAGAUGGGCCAUCAGCCGAUCAAGAAAUGGAUGAGCGAGAAAGACAACUGCGCGAGAGGUUUCGACCACGAGAAACCGACACUGCCCGAAGGAAGCCUUUGACAGCGGAAGAGAAACAAGCCGCUGCGAAAGCAGAAUAUGAAAAGCUACUUACAAUGCGCUCUGGAGGAACAUACAUUCCGCCUGCCCGCUUACGCGAAUUGCAAUCCCAGAUCACCGAUAAAUCUAGCAAAGAGUAUCAGCGGAUGGCUUGGGAGGCUCUCAAGAAAUCCAUCAACGGUCUCAUCAACAAAGUGAAUGUCUCGAACAUAAAGCACAUUGUUCCAGAGCUAUUCAAUGAGAACUUAGUCCGAGGGCGCGGCUUAUUUUGCAGAAGUAUUAUGAAAGCGCAAGCAGCUUCUCUUCCAUUCACUCCAAUCUAUGCAGCAAUGGCGGCUAUUGUGAACACCAAGCUACCGCAAGUGGGCGAGCUUCUGCUAAACCGGCUGAUCGUUCAAUUUCGAAAGGCUUUCAAGAGAAACGACAAAGCUGUUUGCCUUUCUUCGAGCACAUUCAUCGCCCAUCUGUGUAAUCAACAAGUCGCUCAUGAAGCCGUAGCCGCACAAAUACUCUUGUUGCUCCUGCACAAACCUUCGGAUGAUUCUGUCGAGAUUGCUGUAGGGCUGACACGAGAGGUGGGACAACAUCUGGAAGAAAUGAGCCAACCUAUUGCUCUUGCAGUCUUCGAUCAAUUUCGAAGUAUCCUUCACGAGGCAGACAUUGAUAAGCGAGUGCAGUAUAUGAUUGAAGUUCUCUUUCAAGUUAGGAAAGACCGCUACAAGGACAAUCCGGCCAUUCGGGAGGAACUCGACCUCGUUGAAGAAGAAGAUCAGAUUACCCAUCACGUCGAUGUAACCGACGAAGACAUCCAAGUUCAGGACACGCUGAAUAUUUUCAAGUUUGAUUCGGAAUGGGAGGAGAAUGAAGAGGCAUACAAAAUGCUCAAGGCUGAAAUCUUGGGUGAAGCCAGCGACGAUGGAGAUGAAGAUGAGAGUGGCUCGGAAGAUAGUUCGGACGAAGAGGGAGCCGAACAAGAACGUGCGAUGGAAAUCAAAGAUCAAACCAAUACAGAUCUUGUCAACCUUCGCCGCACGAUUUACCUGACGAUCAUGUCGAGUUUGGACUUCGAGGAAGCCUGCCACAAGUUGAUGAAAGUGCAACUGCCUGCAGGUCAAGAGUCAGAACUCCCGUCAAUGAUCAUCGAGUGCUGCUCUCAAGAGAAAACUUAUUCCAAGUUUUUCGGACUGGUUGGUGAACGAUUUGCAAAGCUCAAUCGGCUUUGGACGAACUUGUUCGAGGAGUCUUUCGCCACAUAUUACGAUACAAUUCAUCGCUACGAGACCAAUCGCCUACGAAAUAUUGCUCGCUUUUUUGGCCACCUCUUGAGCACGGAUGCUCUCGGGUGGCAUAUUUUCUCUGUCAUCCAUUUGAACGAAGACGAGACAACUUCGAGUAGCCGUAUCUUCGUCAAAAUAUUGUUCCAGGAUCUAGCAGAGGCCAUGGGUCUGCCCAAACUGAAAGAAAGGAUGAGGGAUGAGAUUCUCCGCCCCAGUUUCGCAGGCAUCUUCCCAAUGGACAACCCGAGGAAUACUCGGUUUUCCAUCAACUAUUUUACCAGUGUUGGCAUGGGCAUUCUCACCGAGGAGAUGCGCGAGCAUCUCAAGAAUCUUCCCAAACCAGAACCAGCCGCGUUACCCGCCCGGAGCGAUGAUAAUUCUGACUCCGAAAGUCUACACUACCAGCAGAUCUCGCAGCCAGACUCCAUCCCGUGA